AAAUAACUUAGCUAGCUAGCCAGGUUAGCCAUAACAUGAGGAACCCUUAAUUAACUUUACAUGAACGUUUCACAAUUUAAAGAAUAAGUAUAUUGAGUUGCAGUCGAGGUAUCUUCCUCAAUGAGCAGGGUUCAAAAACACACACAGGCCAAUGCAGUGCCUGGAAAAGAUCUGAAAAUGAAAGACUUGAAGAAGUGCCAUGCAGACUUAGGUACAGUACCUCUCCCCACACAUGAGCCAAAUAUGGUGGAAGCACAGUGCGAGGAAGAGGAGGAUGAAGACAUUAAGGCACCAUUGGAGCUGAUAAUGAAGUUCCUCAGAGCUGUGAUGGACAGAGACUUGCAGCUGGCCAGCAAACUGUGUCGGAUGAUUCUAAUCUAUGAACCAGACAAUCCUGAGGCCUCUGAGUUUCUCCCGCUGAUCCAGAAGAAGCUGUCACAGGAGCAAGAGACAGGGCAGGGCACUGAGAAGGAAGAUGCUGACGGGGAUAAUGAAGAUGAGGAAACAUCUCCAAGCUCAGGCUCAUCAUCAGAUGAGGAUGAGCUUGAAGAAAAGCAAGUAAACAGACACAAGUCUUGUCCUCCUUCUCACAUUCAUCCUUAGUCAUUGUACCAAUACAACUGAAUGUGAGUCACUGUCAAUCUUGUUACUUCUGGACAAUUGUAUAUAUUUAAAUCCAAGCAACCUUUUCUUUGUGCAUUUUGUAAAAGUUGUGACAAUUAGGUUUGUAUUUUCACAU